GCGCUCUGGGAAAUGCAGUCCCGCUCUGUUUGCCUGCCCGCGGCGUGAGCCCACUCCGCGUCCUUAAAGAACUAUAAGUCCCAGAAGGCUGUGCGAAACUCCGCCGGUCUCUGGGGGAUGUGGUCUUGAAGGAGAGACCCAGGAACCUGAGGGCGGGGCCGGAGGGAGAGGGGAGGACGCCCCCAAUGGGCAGACUUCUGGGCGGGGUCCGGGUCACCAUUGGCUCCGGCGGCGCGAGGGAGGCGGGGUCAGAGGAAUGAAGCGCGGAGCUGUUCGCCGCUCCAGGUGCUGAGUCUGAGGGAGGCUCCGGACCCGAGAGCUGCGAGAGCCGCCGCCGCUGCCGCCGCCGCCAGAUCUGCGGCCGGGAGCCCGGGCUGUGAGGAGCCGAGGGGAGCGGGGUGCGCUGUCGGGCGCUGACCGCCCUCCCGCCCGCCGUCAGAGGUCUGCAGUGACAGCUCUUCUUCAGAGAGAAGGACAACAAGGUCCCAGUGGCCCCUCCUCAGGGUCUGCAGUAGGCCUCCGCAUGGCCCACCGAGGUGAACCAUGACCGGCUGGCCAACACUCGCCAUUGACCAGCCGGAGUUGCAUCUCGCCAGGAGGUGACCCCUCCUCCAGCUGCCCCCAACUCGCCCACCCUCGCCCAGGAAAGUGCCCGCGGCUGCCACGGACACCAUGUAGUAGGGCCGGCUGCGGCGCCCAGUGAGCUGCGAUGGUUUUGUACACGACCCCCUUUCCUAACAGCUGUCUGUCCGCCCUGCACUGUGUGUCCUGGGCCCUUAUCUUCCCAUGCUACUGGCUGGUGGACCGGCUCGCUGCCUCCUUCAUACCCACCACCUACGAGAAGCGCCAGCGGGCAGACGACCCGUGCUGCCUGCAGCUGCUCUGCACCGCCCUCUUCACGCCCAUCUACCUGGCCCUCCUGGUAGCCUCGCUGCCCUUUGCGUUUCUCGGCUUUCUCUUCUGGUCCCCACUGCAGUCGGCCCGCCGGCCCUACAUCUAUUCACGGCUGGAAGAUAAGGGCCUGGCCGGUGGGGCAGCCCUGCUCAGUGAAUGGAAGGGCACAGGGCCUGGCAAAAGCUUCUGCUUCGCCACUGCCAACGUCUGCCUCCUGCCCGACUCACUCGCCAGGAUCAACAACCUUUUUAACACCCAAGCGCGGGCCAAGGAGAUCGGGCAGAGAAUCCGCAAUGGGGCCGCCCGGCCCCAGAUCAAAAUUUACAUCGACUCCCCCACCAAUACCUCCAUCAGCGCCGCUAGCUUCAGCAGCCUGGUGUCACCACAGGGCGGCGAUGGGGUGGCCCGGGCUGUUCCCGGGAGCAUUAAGAGGACAGCCUCUGUGGAGUACAAGGGUGACGGCGGGCGGCACCCCAGUGACGAGGCUGCCAACGGCCCAGCCUCUGGGGACCCUGUCGACAGCAGCAGCCCAGAGGACGCCUGCAUCGUGCGCAUCGGUGGCGAGGAGGGCAGCCGGCCACCUGAAGCUGAUGACCCUGCGCCUGGGGGCCAGGCCAGGAACGGAGCUGGCGGGGGCCCGAGGGGCCAGACGCCCAACCACAAUCAGCAGGACGGGGAUUCAGGGAGCCUGGGCAGCCCCUCGGCCUCCAGGGAGUCCCUGGUGAAGGGGCGAGCUGGGCCAGACACCAGUGCCGGCGGGGAGCCAGGUGCCAACAGCAAGCUCCUGUACAAGGCCUCGGUGGUGAAGAAGGCGGCUGCGCGCAGGAGGCGGCACCCCGACGAGGCCUUCGACCAUGAGGUCUCCGCCUUCUUCCCCGCCAACCUGGACUUCCUAUGCCUGCAGGAGGUGUUUGACAAGCGAGCAGCCACCAAAUUGAAAGAGCAGCUGCACGGCUACUUCGAGUACAUCCUGUACGACGUUGGGGUCUACGGCUGCCAGGGCUGCUGCAGCUUCAAGUGUCUCAACAGCGGUCUCCUCUUUGCCAGCCGCUACCCCAUCAUGGACGUGGCCUAUCACUGUUACCCCAACAAGUGUAACGACGAUGCCCUGGCCUCUAAGGGAGCUCUGUUUCUCAAGGUGCAGGUUGGAAGCACACCUCAGGACCAAAGAAUCGUCGGGUACAUCGCCUGCACACACCUGCAUGCCCCGCAAGAGGACAGCGCCAUCCGGUGUGGGCAGCUGGACCUGCUUCAGGACUGGCUGGCUGAUUUCCGAAAAUCUACCUCCUCGUCCAGCGCAGCCAACCCCGAGGAGCUAGUGGCAUUUGACGUCGUCUGCGGAGAUUUCAACUUUGAUAACUGCUCCUCUGACGACAAGCUGGAGCAGCAACACUCCCUGUUCACCCACUACAGGGACCCCUGCCGCCUGGGGCCCGGGGAGGAGAAGCCGUGGGCCAUCGGUACUCUGCUGGACACGAACGGCCUGUACGAUGAGGAUGUGUGCACCCCCGACAACCUGCAGAAGGUCCUGGAGAGCGAGGAGGGCCGCAGGGAGUACCUGGCGUUUCCCACCAGCAAGAGCUCGGGCCAGAAGGGGCGGAAGGAGCUGCUGAAGGGCAACGGCCGGCGCAUCGACUACAUGCUGCAUGCAGAGGAGGGGCUGUGCCCAGACUGGAAGGCCGAGGUGGAAGAAUUCAGUUUUAUCACCCAGCUGUCCGGCCUGACGGACCACCUGCCAGUAGCCAUGCGACUGAUGGUGUCUUCGGGGGAGGAGGAGGCAUAGAUCGUCCGGAGCAACGGGGCCUCUGCCAGCCCUUGGAGCUACAGCCCAUCCCUGGGCCAUGUCCCCUCCAUCGAGUGCCCGGUGCUUGGAGGAGGAGGGCAGGGACAGGGAGGGAGCCACAGUCAGUGCCCGGGAACCUGGAAGCUGCGCUGCUCUGCGCCUCUGGGCCUCACUGUGGACAGAGGAGUCAGGCCCGCCCCGGGAGCCUCCAGCUGCCUAACCAGUGCCAUUCUUUCACAACACGAUUUUCUACAAAUCU